AUGAUCCUUCACCAUCAACCCUCCACCCUUUAUCCCCAUCCUACACCAUCAACCCUCCACCCAUCAUCCUCAUCCUUCAUCCCCAUCCUUCAUCCUCAUCCUUCAUCCCUAUCAUCCUCAUCCCCAUCAUCCUCCUUCACCAUCAACCAUCCGCCUUUUAUCCUCAUCCUUCAUCCCCAUCAUCCUCAUCCAUCAUCCAUCAUCCUCAUCCCCAUCAUCCAUAUCAUCAUCCUUCACCAUCAACCAUCCGCCCUUCAUCCUCAUCCUUCAUCCUCAUCCUUCACCAUCAACCCUUCAUCCUCAUCCUUCACCAUCAACCCUCCACCCUUCAUCCUCAUCCUUCACCAUCAACCCUUCAUCAUGAUCCUUCACCAUCAACCCUCCACCCUUCAUCCUCAUCCUUCACCAUCAACCCUUCAUCAUGAUCCUUCACUAUCAACCCUCCACCCUUCAUCCUCAUCCUUCACCAUCAACCCUCCACCCUUCAUCCUCAUCCUUCAUCAUCAACCCUCCACCCUUCAUCCUCAUCCUUCACCAUCAACCCUCCACCCUUUAUCCUCAUCCUUCACCAUCAACCCUCCACCCUUCAUCCUCAUCCUUCAUCAUCAACCCUCCACCCUGUAUCCUCAUCCUUCACCAUCAACCCUUCAUCCUUCACCAUCAACCCUCCACCCUUCAUCCUCAUCCUCCACCAUCAACCCUCCACCCUUUAUCCUCAUUCUUCACCAUCAACCCUCCACCCUUCAUCCUCAUCAUCAUCCUUCACCAUCAACCCUCCACCCUUCAUCCUCAUCCUUCACCAUCAACCCUCCACCAAUUAUCCCCAUCCUUCACCAUCAACCCUCCACCCUUCAUCCUCAUCAUCAUCCUUCACCAUCAACCCUCCACCCUUCAUCCUCAUCCUUCAUCCCCAUCAUCCUCAUCCCCAUCAUCAUCCUUCACCAUCAACCCUUCACCCUUCAUCCCCAUCCUUCACCAUCAACCCUCCACCCUUCAUCCUCAUCCUUCACCAUCAACCCUCCACCCUUCAUCCUCAUCCUUCACCAUCAACCCUCCACCCAUUAUCCCCAUCCUUCACCAUCAACCCUCCACCCUUCAUCCUCAUCAUCAUCCUUCACCAUCAACCCUUCACCCUUCAUCCUCAUCCUUCACCAUCAACCCUCCACCCUUCAUCCUCAUCAUCAUCCUUCAUCCCCAUCAUCCUCAUCCUUCACCAUCAACCCUCCGCCCUUCAUCCUCAUCAUCCUCCUUCACCAUCAACCCUUCACCCUUCAUCCUCAUCCUUCGCCAUCAACCCUCUACCCUUCAUCCUCAUCAUCAUCCUUCACCAUCAACCCUCCACCCUUCAUCCUCAUACUCAUCCUUCACCAUCAACCCUCCACCCUUCAUCCUCAUCCUUCACCAUCAACCCUCCACCCUUCAUCCUCAUCCUCCACCAUCAACCCUCCACCCAUUAUCCCCAUCCUUCACCAUCAACCCUCCACCCUUCAUCCUUAUCCUUCACCAUCAACCCUUCACCAUCAACCCUCCACCCAUUAUCCCCAUCCUUCACCAUCAACCCUCCACCCUUCAUCCUCAUCCUUCACCAUCAACCCUCCACCCUUCAUCCUCAUCCUUCGUCAUCAACCCUCCACCCUUCAUCCUCAUCCUUCACCAUCAACCCUCCACCCCUUAUCCCCAUCCUUCGCCAUCAACCCUCCACCCUUCAUCCUCAUCCUUCACCAUCAACCCUCCACCCUUUAUCCUCAUCCUUCACCAUCAACCCUCCACCCUUCACCAUCAACCCUCCACCCUUUAUCCCCAUCCUUCACCAUCAACCCUCCACCCUUCAUCCUCAUCCUUCACCAUCAACCCUUCAUCCUCCUCCUUCACCCAUUAUCCCCAUCCUUCACCAUCAACCCUUCAUCCUCAUCCUUCACCAUCAACCCUCCACCCAUUAUCCUCAUCCUUCACCAUCAACCCUCCACCCUUCAUCCUCAUCCUUUAUCCCCAUCAUCAUCCUUCAAUAUCAACCCUCCACCCUUCAUCCAUCAUCCUCAUCCCCAUCAUCAUCCUUCAACAUCAACCCUUCAUUCUCAUCCGUCAUCAUCAUCAUCCUUCAGAUGGGGGUGGAUGAGGAUGAUGGAUGAGGAUGAAGGGUGGGGGGUUGAUGCUGAAGAAUGA